UGGUUGGUGUCUUGUUUGUCUCUUGUUUCCACUGUACUCCUCUUGAGUAUUCCUGCUUGAUAACAAUUUGAUUCAUCGCUGCAUGUUCUCAUAUGAGUAGUGCAUGAAAUAUGCACUGGCUUUAACUUCUAAAAGUCUAAAAGUGUUUGAAUUGUUGGACGUUAGUUUAGUUAGACUGGUGCAUCAGGUAAAAUGUUGCAGAUGAGGGUUAGAGUCACUCUCUUGCUUCUGCUAUUGGCAGUCCGGUGUGUUACACAGGAAGAAGUCCAGGAUAAAGGUUGCGUUUGUGGACACCCUGGAAUACCAGGAGACCCUGGACACAAUGGUACGCCUGGCAGAGACGGCCGAGAUGGACUCAGAGGUGACAAAGGUGCUCAAGGUCAAGUUGGCCCUGUUGGAUCAGCAGGCAAUGAUGGCCACAAGGCAGACAAAGGGGAACUCGGUGCAGUUGGCCCAGCAGGGCUCAAAGGGAAAAGGGGAGAUAAUGGAGAAAGGGGGCCCCCUGGGAAAAUGGGGCCCCAAGGAGUCCAAGGGCCCUUAGGCCUGAAAGGAAGUAAGGGAGAGCUUGGGCUGCCUGGACCCCAAGGACCUAAAGGUGAUUUGGGGCCUCUUGGACCAGAGGGUUCGAAGGGGGAAAUUGGCUUUCAAGGUGACAGAGGGAUUCAGGGUCCAUUUGGACCCCCUGGGAGAACAGGGUCUAAGGGGGAACUUGGUGUUCCAGGCCACAAAGGUAAUAUUGGUUAUCGGGGUGAGAGAGGGACUCAAGGCGAGCAAGGUGGUAAGGGUGAGAAGGGAGAUGCACCUGUUAUCUCUAAAAGUGCCUUCUCUGUGGGACUCACAGCACAAAGUAAACUCCCGGCAGUUAAUGCACCGAUCCGCUUUGACAAGAUCAUUUACAAUGGACAGAAUCACUACAAUCCACAAACAGGAAGAUUCACAUGCUCCGCAGCAGGAGCCUAUUUCUUCACCUACUACAUCACCGUCUUCGCCAGAAACGUGAAGGUGGCUCUGUUGAAGAAUGGUGCCAAGAUAAUCCACACCACAGAUAACUACCAGAGCAGCGAAGAUCAGGCAGCAGGGGGCGCUGUGCUGCACCUGGACGUGGGGGACAAGGUAUGGCUGCAGGUGGCUGGAGGAGAGCUGUUCAAUGGGCUCUUUGCUGAUGAAGAUGAUGACACUACCUUCUCUGGGUUCUUAAUUUUUGGGACUUAAAUUAGACAUACUUUCUUUAAAACUGCUGCUAAAUGUUUUAUAACAAACAGAAAUCAGUCAGGAGAAUGUACCGGCCUCUGAA